GAGAGCCCAAUAAGGAUGGAAAGAAAGAAAAGGGACAGAGAGUGCGAGAGAAUCGAAUUGGAAGAGGAAAUGGGAUCGGGAAAAAAUACUGCAGAGUUCUUCAGAAGAAGGGAUGCGUGGAGGAAGCAUCCCAUGCUCACCAAUCAGUUCCGGCACGCCACCCCUGGCCUUGGCAUCGCCCUCGUCGCAUUUGGCUUCUACCUCGUCGGCGAACAAGUCUACGAUCGCUUCAAUGCCGAUUCUCAUGCUCACGUGAAAGCCGAUAGCCACCACUAAUCUCAACUAUUGGAUUCCAUCGUCGCUUUCACUCUUUCAUAAUAAGCUUUGUCUUCAUCCAUGUUCUCGCGGCCUUCACUGAAUGUAUAAAUUCAGGAUAUGUUGCCUUUUUUGCCACUCAGUAUGUCUUGUAUGGCUACAUUUUAUGUCUUCUUGCAUCGUUGACAUUGCAAUAUACUUUUUUUCUUUCGCAUUCCUGUUUUUGCCUGUAUGCGCCUCAAUGGCUCCGCCUUUUUCAUAAAACAUCAAAUUUAUUCCUUUA